GCCCUCGAAAGGUGGGAGCUGGGGAAGAACUUGGCCUGGGGGGAACAGGGCUAUGGGGCAGACCCCACUCCUUGCUGGUAUUGGGUUCCCAUGCACAGACUGGGUUCCUCCCCCUUCUCUCAACCCAAACUCUGACCCAGAGAGCACAUUCUGAUAGGGAAGCCAGAGGACAAAGCCAUGUAAGGUCUGUGAAUAUCACUGCAGCCAGCUCAGAGCCGCCUCCAACUCUGGCUCUAGCCUCCCUGCUCCCGCCCUCAGCCAAAGCAUCAGAAUGCAAAGAAGCUAUUAGCAUCUGGACUCAGCCAAGAGGAGUCCGCGUCUGCUAGAAAGCUGUAAGUCUGCAAGGAAGGAUGACCCAGAAGACUACCCUGGUGCUCCUUGCUCUGGCUGUCAUCACCAUCUUUGCCUUGGUUUGUGUUUUGUUAGCUGGCAGGAGCGGAGAUGGGGGUGGACUGAGCCAACCUCCCCAGUGCCCCUCCGUUCCUCCUAGUGCCCAGCCCUGGACAAAUCCUGGCCAGGGUCAGCUCUUUGCAGACCUGAGCCCCGAGGAGCUAACAGCUGUGAUGAGCUUUCUGACCAAGCACCUGGGGCCAGGGCUGGUGGAUGCAACCCAGGCUCGGCCCUCAGACAACUGCGUCUUCUCGGUGGAGCUGCAGCUGCCUGCCAAGGCUGCAGCCCUGGCCCACCUGGACGGAGGGGGCCCGCCACCUGCCCGUGAGGCGCUGGCCAUCAUCUUCUUUGGUGCACAACCUCAGCCCAACGUGACUGAGCUGGUGGUGGGGCCCCUGCCUCACCCAUCCUACAUGCGGGAUGUGACCGUGGAGCGUCACGGUGGGCCUGUGCCCUAUUACCGGCGCCCUGUGCUAGCCAGAGAGUAUCAGGAUAUCGACCAGAUGAUCUUCCACAGGGAGCUGCCUCAGGUUUCUGGUCUCCUCCAUCACUGUUGCUUCUAUAAACAAGGGGGACACAACCUGCUCACGAUGACUACAGCCCCCCGUGGUCUGCAAUCGGGGGACCGGACCACCUGGUUUGGAUUGUAUUACAACCUCUCAGGGGCUGGGUUUUACCCACAUCCUAUUGGCUUGGAGCUGCUGGUAGACCAUAAGGCCCUGGACCCAGCCCUGUGGAGUAUCCUGAAGGUGUUCUUUCAAGGCCGUUACUUUGAUACUCUGAUUCAAUUGGAGGACCGCUUUGAGAAUGGCCUGAUAAAUGUGGUGCUGGUACCAAACAAUGGCACAGGUGGGUCCUGGUCCCUAAAAUCCUCAGUGCCACCGGGUCCAGCUCCCCCUCUGCAGUUCCAUCCCCAGGGACCCCGCUUCAGUGUCCAGGGGACUCGAGUUGCCUCUUCAUUGUGGACUUUCUCUUUUGGCCUUGGAGCUUUCAGUGGCCCGAGGAUCUUUGAUAUCCGCUUUCAAGGGGAGAGGGUGGCCUAUGAAAUCAGUGUCCAGGAGGCCAUAGCCCUGUAUGGAGGCAAUUCCCCAGCAGCAAUGCUGACCUGCUAUAUGGAUGGAAACUUUGGCAUUGGCAAAUACUCUACCCCACUGACCCGUGGGGUGGACUGUCCUUACUUAGCCACCUAUGUGGACUGGCAUUUCCUUCUGGAAUCUCAGACCCCCAAGACACUACGUGAUGCAUUUUGUGUGUUUGAGCAGAACCAGGGCCUCCCGCUACGACGACACCACUCGGAUUUCUACUCCCACUAUUUUGGGGGUGUUGUGGAGACAGUGCUUGUGGUCAGAUCUGUGGCUACCUUGCUCAAUUACGACUAUGUGUGGGACAUGGUCUUCCAUCCCAACGGGGCCAUAGAAGUCAAAUUCCAUGCCACAGGUUACAUCAGCUCAGCAUUCUUCUUCGGUGCUGGUGAAAAAUUCGGGAACCGAGUUGAGGAGCACACACUGGGCACGGUACAUACUCACAGUGCUCACUUCAAAGUAGACCUGGAUGUGGCAGGGCUGAAGAACUGGGCCUGGGCAGAGGACAUGGCUUUUGUCCCCAUGAACGUACCUUGGAGUUCUGAGCACCAGAUACAGAGGCUGCAGGUGACUCGGAAGCUGCUGAAGACAGAGGAGGAGGCUGCCUUCCCCAUGGGGGGUGUCACCCCUCGCUACCUGUACCUGGCCAGUAACCACAGCAACAAGUGGGGUCAUAGGCGAGGCUACCGCAUCCAGAUCUUCAGCUUUGCUGGGGAACCACUGCCCCAGAAAAGCCCCAUAGAGAAAGCCUUCAGCUGGGGAAGGUACCACUUGGCUGUGACCCGAAGGAAGGAGAAAGAGCCUAGUAGCUCUAGCAUCUUCAACCAGAAUGACCCAUGGACCCCCACUGUAGAUUUCUCUAACUUCAUCAGUAAUGAGACCAUUGCUGGAGAGGACUUGGUGGCCUGGGUGACAGCCGGGUUUUUGCACAUCCCACAUGCAGAAGACAUCCCCAACACAGUGACUGUGGGAAACGGGGUGGGCUUCUUCCUCCGACCCUACAACUUCUUUGAUGAGGAUCCCUCCUUCUACUCGGCUGACUCCAUCUAUUUCCGGGAGGACCAGGAUGUCGGUGACUGUGAGGUCAACCCCCUGGCUUGCCUGCCGCAGACUGCCACCUGUGCCCCUGACCUCCCUGGCUUCUCCCAUGGGCGCUUUACUCACAAAUAAGUGUCCCCUGGAUGGACAGUCGAACCAAGGCCCCUGGGGUAAGGACUGGGGUGCAACAGCUGGCAGUGCACAGGGCAGUCUGGUUCCCUCUUUUGUCCUCACACCUCUGAUAUCCCAUCUCUCUUCUGCUGUCUCCUUCUCCCUGCCUGGAGCAACCUGAGCCCAUGAUGCCUGACACACAGGGACACUGGGCUUUUGUUGAUCAUGGCUGUACAGAGUUCCUGCCUCGGGAGCAGAGUGCCCUGGUUAGGAGCCUGGGGUGACGACUAUGUGACCCCUGUCCACAGUCCUCUUCCCCCCAGCCUCCCUCUUUCCUCUCUCUUGCCCACACCUCCUGGAGUCCCUGCUUGCUCUUACAUUCUAGGAUUUCCCACUCAGUCCGAAGGGAUACCUGUCCUUCGUGUUCUCUCAGCCCUCAUUUCUCAACUGCACUCCCUUCUCCUGUGGAAGUCUCAAAGAUGCAAUGGAACAACAUCUUAUUGGAAAGGACCAGGCUUGCCUGGCUCCUAACACUUAUCACAUAUCAACAGCAAGCAUUGUCCCUGCUAUAGUCCUGCUUUGUGCUCUCUCCAAGAUGGUCAUAGAGACAGCAGGUGGCUUGGAGUUGCUAUGAUUAUGACAAACAGUUAUUUUAUUCCAUGGCUCUGGAUGACCAUGGUCUCUGUGCCCCGCAGUAGCCAGUUUGGGACCAGUGGAGUAGGGACCAUGUGAGGACAUUAAAGGUGAGAAACAGAAACCCCUGGGACUUCAUGCUCAAAGCAAGGGAUGUCCAAUCAGAAGCAGACAUACAAAUGAACAUGAUAGAGAGGGAUAUGACUUCAUGGGACCUGCUUCAGGGCUUCCCGUCACUGGCUUCCCUGAGUUCUGGACAGGGGACGGUACAAAGAAACACCAGAGCCUGGAAACGAGAUGCACCGUUCCUGAGCAGACUGACUAGGCUAGGCCCAUUGUGUCAGUCUUACAGUGCAAUCCAACUGAGCUGGAAACCCUUCUGUCAUUACUUGUUAGUAGGAAGCAGCCUUCCCUGGGAAAGGGCAUGCAGAAAUGCUUCUGGUUUACUCCCUGCUUGUGUUUUUAGAGCAAGGAGAAUGUAGACAGCUGUGAUAGUGCCCAGCUGUGAUUCCAGAGUCUGCCUGGGGGCUUGACUGAUAUACAGUGA